AUGGGUGGAGCACCAGCCGGGCCUGCGGGUACAGGAAAAACUGAGACUACCAAAGACAUGGGAAAGUCUCUUGGAAAAUAUGUGGUGGUGUUUAAUUGCUCCGAUCAAAUGGACUACCGAGGAUUAGGUCGUAUUUUUAAAGGUUUAGUGCAUUCAGGAACAUGGGGUUGUUUCGACGAGUUCAACCGCAUUGAGCUGCCAGUACUUUCAGUGGCUGCCCAACAAAUAUACACUGUGUUUAGCGCGCGUAAAUUCAAAAAAGAAAUAUUCACUUUUAGGUAUGACGUUGUUCCCUUGAAUCCAGAAUUCGCCAUAUUUCUAACAAUGAAUCCUGGGUAUGCUGGACGUCAGGAAUUACCGGAAAAUUUAAAAGUCCUUUUUAGAAGCGUCGCUAUGAUGGUGCCCGAUCGACUGAUAAUAAUACGAGUGAAAUUAGCAGCCUGUGGUUUUAAAAAUAACCAAUUUUUGUCUAAAAAAUUCUUCAUUUUAUAUGAACUAUGCGAAGAACAAUUGAGUAAACAGGUGCAUUAUGAUUUUGGGCUACGUAAUAUACUAGCUGUAUUGCGUACACUUGGUACUCAAAGAAGAAGUAACCCGAACGAAUCGGAAGAAACAAUACUUAUGAGAGUGCUAAAAGGCAUGAAUGUUUCAAAGUUGAUUGAUCAAGAUGAAACGAUAUUUUUGUCUUUGAUUGAAGAUUUGUUUGUCGGUAUGAAAUCAAGUUCGUCGACUUAUAAAGACCUACAAACAGCAAUAGUAGCCACGUGUGCUGAGUUAUCACUGGUCAAUCAUCCAACUUGGAAUUUAAAAAUUGUUCAAGUAUAUGAAACAUCAUUAGUUCGACAUGGAUUGAUGAUACUAGGACCCACUGGAUCUGGUAAAACGGCAGCAAUACAUUGCCUUUUAUCAUCCUUAACAAAAACUGGUUUAUCACAUUUCGAAUACCGUAUGAAUCCUAAAUCAAUAACAGCUUCACAAAUGUUUGGAAGGCUAGAUGUAUCAACUAACGAUUGGACCGAUGGUAUAUUUUCGACACUAUGGAGAAAAACAUUGAAAUUGGAGUCGCACCAGUAUUGUUGGAUUGUUUUGGAUGGGCCAGUAGAUGCGGUGUGGAUAGAAAAUUUAAAUUCCGUUUUAGACGACAAUAAAACACUUACCUUAGCUAAUGGUGACCGAAUUGUAAUGGCUCCUAAUGCUAAGCUUUGUUUUGAACCAGACAAUGUAGACAAUGCUUCCCCAGCUACAAUAUCUAGGAUGGGAAUGACGUUUUUCUCAUCCACUGUAUUGCCGUGGAAAGCAGCAUUUCAGGGAUGGGGAAAAAGAAAACCAAUAUUACUUUUCAAUUGUUUUCAAAAACUUUUUGAUAAUACUUACGAUGAAUUAUUGAAAAUGCUUCAAUCUAAGCUUACUCCUAAGAUGAGUUUGUUAGAAGCUCAUUACAUUCAUCAAACUUGUGAUAUACUUGAUGGACUUUUGAAAAUGUUUCCUGAAAAAUUAUCAGAGAUUAUAUUAUCACGUUUAUAUACUUUUGCAAUAAUGUGGAGUAUUGCUGCUGUAUUAGAAUCAGUAGACCGAAAAUCACUUGAGAAUUUCAUAAUAACAACGCUGAAAGAAAAAAUGAAUUUGCCAAAUCUUCAUUCAGAAGAAUCAAUUUACGAUUUCACAAUUUCAACAAAAGGUGAAUGGCAGCAUUGGGGAUUAUUAAUAGACGACUAUACAUAUCCUAAUGAUUAUAUCCCAGUUUAUGGCGACAUAUUAGUACCCAAUUUGGACAACGUUCGAACAAUAUUUUUGAUAAAAUUAAUUGCAAAUCAAGAAAAAAACGUUCUGUUAAUUGGAGAACAAGGUACUGCUAAAACCGUAAUGAUAAAGAGUUACAUGCAAGAUUUUGAUCCAGAAACAAGACUGAGCAAAAUGUUAAACUUUUCAUCAGCUACCACUCCAAAUAUGUUUCAAAACACUGUAGAGGGUUACGUAGAGAAAAGAUUUGGUAAUACUUAUGGUCCACCAGGCAAUCGAAAAAUGACAAUAUUCAUUGAUGACAUAAACAUGCCGAUCAUUAACGAUUGGGGUGAUCAAGUUACCAAUGAAAUAACUCGUCAGCUUUUAGAAGACAAAGGUUUCUUUUCUUUAACGAAACCCGGAGAUUAUAUUAAUAUUGCUGGAGUCAAUAUGCUGGGCGCUAUGAUACACCCAGGGGGUGGUCGAAAUGAUAUACCACCUAGGCUAAAGAGACAGUUCUGCAUAUUUAACUGUACAUUACCAUCAGAUAAGUCCAUGGACAAAAUAUUUGGUGCUUUAGGAUGUGGAUAUUUUUGCAUUGAACGUUUUAACCAAGAGAUAGUUGCACUUGUUCCAUCGUUGGUGACACUAACUCGAAUUGUGUGGCAGAAGAUCAAACAAAAAUUAUUACCAACUCCAGCUAAUUUCCAUUACGUUUUCAACUUGAGAGAUUUAUCAAGAGUUUGGGAAGGAAUGUUACAGAUAUACACAGAAGAGUGUCCAAACAUUGCUACCUUAUUAAAAUUAUGGUGUCAUGAACUACAGCGGGUCAUAUUCGAUAAGCUUACGAGUACUAUGGACAAAAAUUGGUUCACGGAAACUGUUAAAACCAGCGCAGGAGAUUUUCUAGCACCAGAAAUAUUUCAACUAUUCCCGGAUGAAAUGAGCUCAAAUUUAUUUGUAGAUUUUAUGGGUGACGUAGCCGAAGAAACCGGUGAUGAGCCUGAUGAUUAUGAAUCCGACAAUCCUAAAAUAUACGAACUUAUUGAUAAUUUCGAAGUAUUAGAAGCUAGAAUGUUAAUGUACAUGAAUCAAAUGAACGAGGUAGUAAAUGGAUCAUCAAUGGAUUUAGUAUUUUUCAAAGAUUGUAUACUCCAUCUUGUUAUUAUAUCUCGUAUACUAAGAAUACCCCGUGGAAACGGUUUACUUGUGGGUAUUGGUGGUUCUGGACGAAGAUCAGUAACUACUUUAGCAUCAUUUAUUGCUAAUUAUUUCCAGUAUUCAAUUUUCCUUACCAGAUCAUAUGGUAUUAAUAAUUUCUUGGAUGAUUUAAGAUUACUUUAUAGAAAAGCUGGAUUCGAAGGAUUAAAAACUACUUUCGUUUUUACCGACAAUGAUAUAAAAGAUGAAGCUUUCUUAGAAUAUAUUAAUAAUAUAUUAAGCUCGGGAGAAAUAGCCAGUUUAUUCCCCAAAGAAGAACUUGAAGAAAUGUUAAACAAUUUAAUGCCAAUUUUCAAAAAGAAAAACCCCAAAGCCAUUCCAACUUUAGACAAUUUAUAUGAAUUUUUCAUUAAACAGGCUAUGAAUAACUUACAUUUAGUUCUAUGUUUUUCACCGAUUGGCGAAAGUUUCCGAUUACGUUCACUGAAAUUUCCCGGUAUCAUAUCCGGUUGCAUUAUCGAUUGGUAUACCGCGUGGCCAUAUGAUGCAUUGCUAGGAGUUUCUCGUCAUUUCCUACAUGACUUUCCUAUGGUUUGCACGGUAGAAGAAAAAGAAUCAAUUAUAGAAUCGCUAGGUGAAAUACACGAUAACGUCGCCAAAGAUUGCAUUAGUUAUUUUCAAAGAUUUCGUCGGCAAAUAUUUGUUACCCCAAAAUCAUUCCUCCUGUUUGUAAAUGGUUAUAAAGUUUUAUACACAAAAAACAAUGCAACAAUUGAAGAAAUGAAAAUGCAACGAAUAUUAGGGCUAGAAAAACUUGCUGAUGCCUCAGUACAAGUAGCAAGGUUAAAAGAAGAAUUGAUAGAAAAAGAAAAAGAAUUAAUUGUUGCAACAGCAGCUAGCACAGAAGUUACGACCAAAGUAAAUAUAGUUGUAAAAGCAGCAGAAAAGAGUGGAGCCGAGGUUGCAGUGGUGAAAGAUCGAGCUUCGGAAAUAUUGAAAAUAAUUUCAAAAGAAAAAAAAGUGGCUGAAAUUAAACUUGCUAAGGCUCAACCUGCCUUAGAUGCCGCUGAAGCAGCUCUAUUGACUAUUAAUGCAGCUGAUAUAGGAACAAUAAGAAAAUUAGGUAGUCCACCUUACCUGAUUACAUUGAUUAUGGAUUGUACGCUCAUACUAUUUCGACGUAAAGUUGAAAAAGUCAUACCAGACUUUGAAAAAUCGUUUUUAGAACCUAACUGGAAAGAAUCGCUAAAAUUGAUGUCUGACUUAAAAUUUCUCACUUAUCUUAAAAAUUUUGAGAAAGAUAAGAUUAAUAGAGAAACAGUGGACUUAUUACAACCCUAUUUUAAUUAUAAGGACUAUACUUUUGACAAAGCUAAAAGUGCUUGCGGAAAUGUUGCUGGUCUUCUUAGUUGGACGUUAGCUAUGAUUGAUUUUUUUAACGUAAACAAAGAAGUACUUCCAUUGAAAGCUAAUUUAGUUAAACAAGAAGCCAAAUUCAGUAAGGCAAAAGAAGAAUUGGCAGAAGCGGAAGCAAUCGCUUAUGAAAAGAAUAAGGAGCUAUUUGAAGCGAAACGAAAGUUGAAUAUAGCUCUUAACUCACAAAAAGCAGUUCAAGACGAAGGUAAUAAAUGUAAAUAUAAAAUGGAGUCAGCUACAGCACUUAUUGAGGGCUUAGAAGGAGAAAGAAAGAGAUGGACGCAGCAGCUAGCUGGAUUUAAUAUGGAAAUUAAAAACUCAUUGGGAGACAUUGUUCUCCUUACAGGCUUUUUAUCGUAUUCUGGGCCAUUUAACCAAGAAUAUAGAAAAUAUUUAAUGCAAUCGUGGAAUCAAAAGUUAAUUCAGAAGAAUAUUCCAAAAUCUCCCAAUUUAAAUGUGACAGAUAAAUUGGCCGAUGCUCCUACGAUAAGUGAAUGGAAUCUCCAAGGGCUGCCGAAUGAUGAACUAUCAACUCAAAACGGUAUAAUUGUUACAAAAUCGUCAAAAUUUACUAUUAUGAUUGAUCCACAAAGUCAAGGGAUAUCUUGGAUUAAAAAUAAAGAAGCAAUAAACGAUAUAAAAAUUACUUCUUUUGAUGAUAAAUACUUUAGAAAUCAUCUUGAAGACUGUGUAUCAUUCGGAAAACCGUUACUAAUCCAAGAUAUAUUACAAGAUGUAGAUCCAGUUAUAAAUAAUAUUUUGGAGAAAAACUAUUAUAAAGUUGGUAGAAGUCUGAAAGUGUUACUUGGAGAUAAAGAAGUUGAUGUAAGUGAACAUUUUCGUCUAUAUCUCACUUCAAAACUUAGUAAUCCAUCAUAUCCACCGGAGCUCUAUGCUCGAUGUGCAGUGAUUGACUUUACUGUGACUAUGAAAGGUUUAGAAGAUCAAUUAUUGAGUAGAGUGAUCGAAACUGAGAAAAAAGAACUAGAACAAGAGCGUAUAGAAUUGAUCGCAGAAGUGACUUCUCAAAAACGAAAAAUGCAAAAAUUAGAGCACGAUCUUUUAGUAAAAUUAACCACUGUAAAAGGAUCGUUAGUAGACGACGAAACGGUUUUAUACACGUUAAAUAAAACGAAAGAUACGGCUAUGGAUGUUAGUGAAAAAUUAGAGGUGGCAAAUGAGACACAAAUCAAAAUUGGUUUGAUGCGUGAAAAUUAUCGUUCGAUAGCAACUCGUGGAUCUGUGUUAUACUUUUUAAUUGUAGAAAUUGGAAUGGUCAAUCCUAUGUACCAGAAUUCAUUGCAACAGUUCUUAGAACAAUUUGAUUUGUCAUUAGCCAAUUCCCAGAAAUCUAUAUCACUUGAUCGCAGGAUCAAAAAUAUAAUCGAAUACUUAACAUUUGCUAUAUUCAAAUACAAGUGUCGUGGUUUGUACGAGAUUCACAAAACACUUUUCACCAUUCUCGUAGCGUUGAAAAUAGAUAUUGACAUGGGAAGAAUUACAAGAAAUCAAUUUGAAUAUUUUAUUAAAGGCGGCGCUUCAACUGAUAUUAACUCAAUCAGGCCCAAACCUUUUGAUUGGAUGACCGACAUUUGUUGGAUGAAUUUAACUGCAUUACAAGCUCUUCCGCCGUUCGAUGAAAUAUUAACAAUGGUAGAAAAAAAUGGCUCUGCGUGGAAAAAUUGGUAUGAAAGUAGUAGUCCUGAAACAGAAAUAAUGCCAAAUAAUUUGCAUACUAUUAGUGUAUUUGAAAAAUUAUUGGUUAUACGAGCGUGGUGUCCAGAUAGAACUUUAAACCAAGCAUUUACUUACGUCGCGGAAUCAUUGGGACCACAGUUUGUCGAAACGGUGAUGUUUGACAUCGAAGAAAUGUACCUGUCAUCACGAAGUGAUACACCUUUGAUAUGUUUUCUAAGCAUGGGUUCGGAUCCUAGCGAUCUUAUAGAGAAAACUGCCAAAAAAAUGGAAAUACUAUUCAAUUCCGUAUCUAUGGGCCAGGGUCAAGAAGUACACGCCGAGAGACUUAUAAAGCAAUGUGCAAUCGAUGGAGGAUGGGUAUUACUUCAAAAUUGCCAUUUAUGUUUGAACUUUAUGCAAGAAACAUAUGAAUAUAUAUAUAAUAGUGUUUCAUCGUCAAAUCAAUCGAGCUUUAGGAUUUGGAUAACUACAGAAGUUCAUCCAAAAUUCCCGAUAUCACUUCUACAAAUAUCUGUGCAUUUUACGUACGAACCACCAGAAGGAUUACGAGCUGGUUUAAUGAGAACAUAUAACAACAUGGGAGAUGAAACGUUGGGUUAUUCAAACAUACCUCAAUACAGACCAAUACUUUACGUAAUUUCUUUCCUUCACUCAGUCGUACAAGAGCGUAGAAAAUUUGGGCCCGUCGGAUGGAACAUUCCCUAUGAGUUCAAUACAUCGGAUUGGUACUCGUCAACUUUGUACUUACAAAAGAUGGUUGACGAUAUGAAUGCAAAUUCUCCAAUUGACUGGAUCGCUCUCAGGUACAUGAUAGCCGAGGUACAUUAUGGCGGCCGUGUAACCGAUGACUAUGACCGACGAUUAUUAAACAAUUUUACCGAACUUUGGUUUACUGACAGUAUUUUUGACGAAGCAUUUUGUUUCUAUAAAGGAUACAACAUAUUGGAUCACGAAGUAUUGUCAAAAUAUUUGUUAGCAAUCGAAGAAAUGCCAUUUAAGGAUCCACCUCAGUCGUGUGGACUUCAUCCAAACACCGACAUCACAUAUCAAACUAAUAUUGCUCAAGAAAUGUUUGAUACUAUAACAUUGAUUCAACCAAAGGGAUCUAGUGGUGGAAGUGAAGUGACAAGGGAAGAAAUGGUUUACAACAUGUCUAAAGAAUUGUUAGAUAAACUUCCGCUUGUUUUCAAUAUGUUUGAAAUCAAAGGAAGAUUGAAUAUAAUGGGUCCUACGCAACCCAUGAACAUAUUUUUAGGACAAGAAAUCGACCGUAUUCAAAAAGUUAUUGAAAUAGUUAAAAGUACCUUGGAAGACCUUUUAUUGGCAAUCGACGGAAUAAUCAUAAUGAACGAAGUUUUGACCGAGACGUUGGAUUAUUUAUACGAUGGCCGUAUUCCAGGACAUUGGUUAAAGGUAUCUUGGACGUCGUCGACAAUAGGUUUUUGGUACAUGGAGUUGCUAAAUCGACACAGUCAAAUAUCUUUGUGGGUGUUCAGAGAAAAGCCGCGUUUGUUUUGGAUGACAGGAUUUUUCAACCCUCAAGGGUUUUUAACAGCGAUGAAACAAGAAAUAUCUAGAACUCAUAAAGGUUGGACUCUGGAUAACGUAGCACUUCAAAACGAAGUAUUGGUUCAUUAUAAAACCGACAUCACCACCUCUCCUUUGGAAGGCGUCUACGUACAUGGACUAUUUUUGGACGGAGCGGGAUGGAACCGAAAAGAUAGAGUACUUCAGGAAUCACUGCACAAGAUCAUGUUUACGGAAAUGCCCGUCGUUUACAUGUUUGCGAUAAAUUUGCUCCAAAGCAAGCGGGCAGUAGGUUAUCCGUGUCCAGUUUAUAAAAAACCGAAAAGAACCGGAUUGACAUAUGUGUGUGAACUAUGCUUGAUGACUCCGCCAAACGCACCACCAACACACUGGAUAUUAAGAGGAGUAGCUCUUCUUUGCGAUAUAAAAUAA